CUGCCCGGCUGCAGGCUCGCGCGCCUCGCGCUCCUCCCCCCCCACUAUAUAUAGGGCGCGCUCCCGCGCGCGCCCCCCUCAGUCCCCUCCGCGCCCCCGCGCUGUGAGGAGCCGCCGCGGCCGCGCUCGCCGCCGCCAUGGGGAGGAAAUCGAGCAAAGCCAAGGAGAAGAAGCAAAAGCGCCUGGAGGAGCGAGCGGCCAUGGACGCUGUCUGCGCCAAGGUGGAAGCCGCCAACAAACUUGAAGAUCCCCUCGAAGCUUUCCCGGUUUUCAAGAAAUACGACCGGAACGGUUUGAACGUCUCCAUCGAGUGCAAACGCGUCUCCGGGCUGGAGCCCGCCACCCUCGAGUGGGCCUUCGACCUCACCAAGGCCAACAUGCAGACGCUGUACGAGCAGAGCGAGUGGGGAUGGAAGGAGCGGGAGAAGCGUGAGGAGCUGCGGGACGACCGGGCCUGGUACCUCAUCGCCCGCGAGCCCACUGGCCCCGUCGCCUUCUCCCACUUCCGCUUCGACGUAGAGUGCGGCGAUGAGGUUCUCUACUGCUACGAGGUGCAGCUGGAGAGCAGAGUGCGGCGGCGAGGGCUGGGCAAGUUCCUCCUACAGAUCCUCCAGCUGGUGGCCAACAGCACGCAGAUGAAGAAGGUGAUGCUGACGGUGUUUAAACACAACCACGGCGCCUACCAGUUCUUCCGAGAAGCGCUCCAGUUCGAGGUGGACGCCGCCUCCCCCAGCGUCUCCGGCUGCUGCGGGGACGAUUCCUCCUACGAGAUCCUCAGCCGCCGGACCAAGUUCGGGGAGAGCCACCCCCUCCCCCACCCCGGGGGGGGGCCCUGCGGGGGGUGCUGCCGCUGAGCCC